AUGGCGGACUACUCAUACCAGGCGCUUGCGAACAUGGGACCGCAAGCCCGAUGGCGGCGCGUCCUGCUGAUUACCCUGAUCCCCAUGGUCUUCGCCUUGAUCUACUACAGCUAUCCGUCCAGCUACAUACCUAGCAGCCUCAAGUCGACAACAUACCCCCACACCCAGAACGUAUCUUUUUCCGAUGAUGACACAUCGAUGUCUACGAUAAUAAAAGCCCUCUACGGCCCCAUACUACACCCCGUUGACGCCGGGAAUUUCACAGACGAGGACGGAGAUGUAUAUCGCCUGCAUGGCGAGCCAAAGUUUAAGCAGAAGCUGGGGAAGAAGGUGCUCAUAUUGGAUAUCGAUAGUAGGCCGCUGACGGGCGAGGGCCAGCUCAUGAACCCCGAUUUGAAGUGGAAGGGCAUGCGACCGCUCUCUGCGGGCAUGCUCAGUCAUUUCAUGUUUGCCAAAAUCCACGGCUACGACUACAAAUUCAUCCGCGCGCCCGACUACGCCGACCGCUGGGGCACCUGGGUCAAGGUUCCUAUGAUGAAGGAAGCCCUCAAGACCCACGAGUACAUCGUCUUCAUGGACUCCGACGUCAUGUUCCACUACCCUCACCUCCCGCUCGAAUGGCUCCUCAACUACUGGAAUAUGACCGACGACACCCUCGCCAUGAUGUCCAUCGACCCCAACGAGCCACAGAACUACGACGAAAAGGGCAACCGCUACUUGAACACUGGAUUCGUCAUCGCGAGACAGAGCAAGAGAACGCAGGAGAUGUACAAGGCGUGGGCGGAAUGUCCGUCAGAAACGAAGUACCAGGGCUGCGCACGAUGGAAGCUAGACUGGGCCCACGAACAAGCCGCCUUCGGCAACUACCUACGCUACGACUACGACCGACCAGACGACAUUCGCGUGCUACCAUGCGUAGAAGCCAACGGCGCGCCUGAAGCUGCAAACAGAGGUGGCUGCAAGGGUGUCUUUGUGCGCCACUUUUGGGUCGACAAAGGUCUUGUAGCCAAGAACCUAGCAGACGGCGUUAUGCAGUAUUUACUGCCGCGGCUACAUCAGAUGUAUCUGGGGCAUGCGAAUGAGCACAUUGUUGACGCGAAGGGAUUCCGCUUGGAGGGCGCGGAUUUGAUCGAGCUUACCGAGGAGGAGAAGGAGACAGCGAGGAAGAACCAGGGCAAGAACCAAAAAGAUGAAGGGUUUUAG